UCCAAGAAUCCCAACUCGAAUAGAAUCCCUACAUUCAUGGCCUCUCUCUCUCUUUCCUGACUCCUCACUCUCACUAACUACUCACCAAAACAGAACGUUCCCUCUUCAUCAUCGGUACUAGUUGUAUUUUACUAUAUAUAAUAUAAUAUUACCGUAUAUACAAUAAAUAAUAAAAACCAAAACAUUGAACUUAAACCCAGAACCCAGAAACCAAUCCCACAGAAAGAGAGAGAGAGAGAGAGUCUCAAACUCUCAAACCCUCAAUCCCAAUGGAAGAAUGCAUGAGAGAGUGUAUGAAAAAGCUAGCCUUGUGGUUCACCAACACAUUCAAACCCAUCAUGACCCACGACGAGCUGGAGCCAAUGAUGGCCACUCUGGGCUUCGUGGGUCUUCCUCCAACUCCUCCUCCGUUGCCUUCCAACGGCUCCCCCGUGGCAUGGAAGGAGUACGUGUACUCCGCCGGAGGUUCACGGCUCUCGGUGGAGACAACACCGCCUAGGCCGAGACUGCCUUACCCGAGGAUCGAUGGACUUCAUAUCUACACCUACAGAGCUUUCAUCGACGCUGUUAACUUCUACCUCGACAUGUCUGAAAUCUCCGAUCUUUUCCAUAUCAGGGGAAUGCCACUCCAUCGAGUACAUGACCGAAAUAGGAAGUGGCGUCGCAUGGAAGAAGAUGAAAGUAUCUUUGUUUACAGAGAAGGAACACUGGAUCAAGCCACAUACAAUUUGUAUCACUUUGACAAGAACAUCAGCACUAAUAACAGUGGUAAUGGUAAUGGAUGCAACGCCAUCAUUCGGAAUAAGGUCAACAAUGCUCCAGUUAGCAGCGUUGUCUCUUUAAAAGAUGUCAUAGUAAUUUAGUAUGAUCAUCAAGAAGGUUGACAUUCAUACAUAAAUUUCUCUGAUAAACCCUUUUUUGGAUUCUUCAUUGGAUUUUUUAUGUAAAAAACGAGAAAGUUUUGUUUUCUUGGUCUAGGAGAUAUCAUUGUUUUUUUCGUUUCAAAUUUUAGACAUGGAUCUGGUCCCUUUGUUUAUA